UUUGGUAUGGUGCAUAACUUUCUUGGCGCGAUGGAAAACCCGUUCAAGACCCACAAGCUCUGGAAAGGUGCUGACGAUGAAGACGUACAAGAAACCCUGGACGCGCUGGAAGCCUACAUCCUUGGAGAUGAACAGGUCUUCAACUCCAUUUUCAAGAAUGUCGGGGAGCCGUGGGAGAGGCGCGAUCACAACCUCUCCAAGAGGAUGUUCUGUCUGCAGUUUGUCAAGGCCGAGAACCUGGACAUCAAGAAGAUCCAUCAGAACCAUCCGGCUCUCACUUUGGCGAGAAAGAUGAUUCAUCAGAUUGAUGAGGUUCGCGCUCCGCAAGAGAAGAUUGAGUGCGUAUUCAGAGCAGCGAGGAUCAUUUACAGGAUGUUGAAUGAGACGAGCGGGGAGUCCGCAUCUGCAGAUGACUUCCUUCCGAUUCUCAUCUUCGUCGUUCUCCGAUCGCAAGCCUCCCGUCUCUACAGCUCCUUGGAUUACAUGGCCCAGUUCCGCAGGCCUUCAAGGCUCUCUGGCGAGCGCCACUACUACCUUGUUCAGCUGCAGACUGCCGUGGCCUUCAUCGAUCACAUGGACGCGGCAUCGAUCACGAUUAACCCGGAGGAGUUCGAGGUCAAGUACAAGAGCAGGGAGCGGGAGUGGGAGGAGAGGGGAGGGCAAGUCACCAUCGUCAGUGAGAGUGUCUCCGAUCCACGGGCUUGAGGCGGCUGCCAGAAACCGGCGGAGCCCAGUGGCCUAGGCUACCGUACACUGGCCGCGCGUCACCUCCAACUCGGGCAGAACUUAGUCACCUGUCGGGCCCGGGGCCAGC